GCGCCGCCCGCGCGGCCGCGUCCCGUCGGCCCCCUGGCCAAGAUGGCGGCCGGGCGGUGGCGGCGGCGCGCUCGGGGCAGGCCGGGCCCGGCGGGCGGCCCGCGGUGACGGGCGCUGUGCGGAGUCCCUCGGCGCGGUGCGAGGCCUGACGGAGCGGCGGGGCUGCGCGCCGCCGUGGAUGAGAGUGUCGGUGCGAGCGAGGAGGUGCCCGAGCCCGGCGCGGAGCCAUGGCCGCCGUGGUGGCCAAGCGCGAGGGGCCGCAGUUCAUCAGCGAGGCGGCGGUGCGGGGCAACGCGGCCAUCCUGGACUAUUGCCGCACCUCGGUGUCCGCCCUGUCGGGCGCCACGGCCGGCAUCCUCGGCCUCACCGGCCUGCACGGCUUCAUCUUCUACUUCCUGGCCUCCGUCCUCCUCUCCGUGCUGCUGGUGCUGAAAGCGGGGCGGCGGUGGAACAAGUACUUCAAGUCGCGGAGGCCGCUGUUCACGGGGGGGCUCGUGGGAGGGCUCUUCACCUACGUCCUGUUCUGGACUUUCCUGUACGGAAUGGUUCACGUGUACUGAGCAGCUCCGCCGCUCCCGGAGCUGCAGGACUGUUGCCAAAAGUCACUACACAAUAGGCCGGCUCACUUUCCAAACUGUUGUCCGUGGCUCGUGUCGUUAAUGCUGUUGGUAAAUUAUGUCCAAGUACGAAUUAAUCAGUAGCACUGUUCUAAUUAAACUGAAUGUGAAGCACCGUU